AUGUUGAAGUCCCUUUUUCUCGAAGUAGAGGCAUCUCCAAAAAAGAUGGUUGAAGUUAGUCAGCCUGAUGAAGCUAGAUUUGAGAGGGAACCCUCAAAUGAUAAGGAAUCAGAGAAGAGUUCCUCAUCUGAGGGGGAACAAGCUAAAAAUGAUGAAUCAUCAGAAGGGCUUCUAUUGUCUCAAUGUUUCAUUAUAGGAUCACCCAAGCCUCGACCAUUUCCUGAUAUCAAUGCUGCGAAUAUUCAUGAUGAUGUUGUCAACCUUCCUCAUCAUUCAGACGGGUCUCUAGAUCAGGCUCACAAGGUACAUGAAGAUUUUGUUGAUGAUGAAGAAGAAGUAAAGUCUGAAAGUGAUUCAGAGAAGGAUGGACCCGAGCAGUCCAUCCAAGUUCACACCCAUAUCAGUCCCAUUCAGACAACUCCAGCAGAUUCUCAAGAUAUUUCAUCUAAUGAAGGAUCAUCUACUGGUGGUACAAAUAUUUUGAAAUCAAUGACAACAUUGAUGAGCACUCUUCAAAAGAAUGUGUCUGAAAUGCAAUCAAAUAUGGUAAAGAUUAUGAAGACUCCGAAAAUACACAAGAAGGAAUUUGUCGAUCUUCUUAAAACCCAUAAUGAGAUGGAGCAGACAUUGAAGAGGAACACGUACGAGAUUACUACCCUCAACAUGAUAUACACCAAAUUUAUGGUUGAAAUUCAGGGUAAUAUGAGCAGAGCUGAUGCUAAGCGGUUGGAACAGGUUGAUUCCUUUGCAAGGAAGAUUCAGGCUGAAGAAGAUGUUAAAGUUGCUGCCGAGAAAGAGAAGAAUCUCAUUACCCAAGGCGAUGACAAUAGAGGUAGAAGAGGUGGUGGUGUUUCAACUUGCACCAGAUCAAAGCGAAAGCAAACCGGUGAUGAUAGUGAUAGGCGAAUCAAAAGAGGCAGAGGUCGCAGAGGUGAUCGUGGUGGUAGAAGUAGUGGCAGUGAUCGUGGUGGAAGAAGUGGUCGUGGUGGCCGUUCUCUCCUUCCGUUUCAAAACCUUCUAAAUGGUGAAGAAUUCAGGUGUCAAGGCUUUCGUUACCCAAUCGAACUACUCGUGAAAUAG